AAUUGAGCAAAGUUAAAGCAUCAGAACAGAGAACAAGAAAAGAACAUAAUCCGACUGUGCUGGGAAUUGUUUAUCUGUGCGACCAAUGAUAUAAAACCGUGGCAUAUCACGUGAGCUCGAUUAAAUCUGGCUUUUGUAAAUUUAAAAUUAAUUUCUCUGCCCGACGAUUAAUCUUAUCAGUUUAAAAAUAGUUCUAGAGAAAUCGGCGCUAAGUGCGGUGAACGCGAACGUUUAAGACCGCGAAUAUGCUAAAACAACGGGAAAUUAGCGUAACUAUACGGAAAGCGAAAAAGGAUGAUAUGGGCCAAGUGUACAAAAUGAUAAGGGCCUUGGCCGAAUUUGAGAAACUGGAACACACAAUGACGCUGGAUGUAAAAACGCUGGAAAAAGAUGGUUUCGACAGUGAAAAUCCAGCGUUCACCUGCCUGGUAGCUGAGCUAUCGGACGGAUACAUCGUGGGCUACGCAUUGUACUACACAGCUUACUCCACCUGGUUGGGAAGAUCAAUUUUCUUGGAAGAUCUCUAUGUGCAGCCCGCUUACCGCAAGAACGGUAUCGGCACUCAGCUCUUCUUGGCAGUGGCAAAAAUUGCCCACGAAACUCCCAGCAAAAAAAUGGACUUUCACGUGCUUUCCUGGAAUCCGGCGGGCGAUUUCUACAAAAGACUGGGCGCUGUGGACUUGACGAUCCACGAAAAAUGGCACCACUUUCGAAUGGAUGAAAGGUGCCUAAAUAGGCUGUUUGCAAACGAGCCACGUUGCUAACACCGUUUUAAACAAGACAUUAAUUGACUGCGAAGAUCUUCGACAUUUGUUUAGCGAUUAAUCGUAAAGUUAGUUUGUAUCUUAUCCAGUAUUCGGCAAUAAUCGGGGUUUUGCACUAGGCAAUCAGUUGUUCCUGUGCGAAUACCGUAACAGAGUUCCGUCAUACCUUAGCCAAUAAAUAAGCGACAGUGCAAAAUCAUAUUUUAUUUUAUUUGAACAGUCAAACUAUCGAUAAUCCACAAUUUAAAAAAUCUAGAUAGUGAAGAUUUAAGUAUAACUCGCUUGAAAUUGAGUCUUAUUUCAAUCGCCUAUCUUAGGCCUAUCUAUCUUUGUUUUAUCUUUUUCUUAGAUAGCUAUAUUUACUUUAUUUAUCCCAUGAAAAGUAGCUCGUUUAGCAAUUGUGAUGCAUACAUAGUACUGUAAGCCCUUAAUGUUACCAUAUCCUUUUAUAUUUCGAUACAUGCCAAAGGUAGCUAGAGAAAAUAAACGAUUUUUAAUGUAAUUUUA